AAAACACGGAAGUGAGUGCUGCUUGUGACUCGGUGGCCAAAAUGGCCGCUCAGUGACGGAACUCCGGGUUUGGGUUCAGCAGCAGGUGUGUUCCGGGAGAGUUCUGAUCGUGUUCCAGAGGAGCGGGGCUGUGCCGCGGUGUCGCCGUGCUCUGAGUGUGUGUGUGAGUGAGUGUGUGUGUGUGUGCGCGCGCUGUACCGGAGCACCAUGUCCCUGUUCCAGUCCGCUCUGGGCUUCCUGGCCGGUACCGGUUCCGCCGCCGCGAGCCGGGAUCAGCACGACUUCGUGGGUCAGGUGGUGGAGCUCGGGGACACUAAACUCCGCAUCAGGAGGGUCAUCGCUGAGGGUGGCUUUGCGUUUGUGUAUGAAGCUCAGGACCUGGGUAAUGGAAGAGACUACGCUCUCAAGAGGUUGUUGUCCAAUGAGGAAGAGAAGAACAAGGCCAUCAUACAGGAAGUCUGCUUCAUGAAAAAGCUGUCGGGUCACCCCAACGUGGUUCAGUUCUGCUCGGCGGCGUCCAUCAGUAAGGAGGAGUCUGACACGGGCCAGGCCGAGUUCCUCAUCCUCACUGAGCUCUGUAAAGGUCAGCUGGUGGACUUUGUGAAGAAGGUGGAGCUGAAGGGAGCCAUGUCAUGUGACACGGUGCUGAAGGUCUUCUACCAAUCGUGUCGCGCCGUUCAGCACAUGCACAAACAGAAACCGCCAAUCAUACACCGGGACCUCAAGAUUGAGAAUCUGUUGCUCAGCCAGCAGGGGACGAUAAAGCUGUGUGACUUCGGCAGCGCCACCAUCGACGCGCACUACCCCGACUACAGCUGGAGCGCGCACAAGAGGUCCAUGGUGGAGGACGAGAUCACCAGAAACACGACGCCGGCGUACAGGACUCCAGAGAUGAUCGACCUCUACUCCAACUUCCCCAUCAACGAGAAGCAGGACAUAUGGGCCCUGGGCUGUAUCCUGUACCUGCUGUGCUUUAAGCAGCACCCGUUUGAGGACGGAGCCAAACUCAGCAUCGUUAACGGAAAAUACAGCUUUCCAGAGAACGAGAGCCGCUACGCCGUCUUCCACCAGCUCAUCCGCUCCAUGUUGAAGGUGAACCCUGAGGAGCGUCUGUCCAUCACUGAGGUGGUCAAUCAGCUGCAGGAGAUCGCAGCCGCCCGCAACGUCAACCCGAAAUCCCCCGUUACCGAGCUGCUGGAACAGAACGGAGGAUUCGGCAACAAUGCAGGAGGACCAGCGCUCUCACACAUCAACAACACACACCCCGCAGGUGUGUAUGGUGGUGAUCCCGACCAGGGGAUGAGUGGCUUCCUGGACAUCCUUAAAGGAGGAACAGAACGCUUCCUCACCAACAUCAAAGACACCUCCUCUAAAGUCAUCCAGUCUGUGGCCAGCUAUGCUAAAGGAGAUCUGGACCUGUCCUACAUCACGUCCAGAAUAGCAGUGAUGUCGUUCCCAGCUGAAGGGGUGGAGUCAGCCAUUAAGAACAACAUCGAGGACGUGCGUCUGUACCUGGACUCUCGGCACGCGGGUCACUACGCUGUGUACAACCUGUCCAGGCGCUCGUACAGACCGGCCCGCUUCCACAACCGGGUGUGGGACUGUGGCUGGCAGGUGCGGCGUGCUCCCACUCUCACCAGUCUGUACACUGUGUGUAAGGGCAUGCACCAGUGGCUCAAACAGGACCAGAGGAACGUCUGCAUCGUACACUGCUUGGACGGGCGCGCGGUGUCUGCGGUAGCGGUGUGUUCGUUCCUGUGUUUCUGUCGUCUCUUCUCCACGGCCGAGGCAGCGGUGUACAUGUUCAGCAUGAAGCGCUGUCCACCCGGUAUCACCCCCUCACACAAGAGGUAUAUCGAGUACAUGUGUGACAUGAUGGCGGAGGAGCCCAUCAUCCCCCACAGCAAGCCCAUCCUGCUGCGCUCCAUCAUCAUGACGCCCGUGCCGCUCUUCAACAAGCAGAGGAACGGCUGCCGGCCCUUCUGCGAGGUGUACGUAGGGGACGAGCGGGUCGCCACCACCUCGCAGGAAUACGACCGGAUGAGGGACUAUAAGAUCGAGGAGGGCAGAGCUGAGAUUCCCCUCAACGUGUUGGUGCAGGGAGACGUGCUGGUGGUCAUCUACCACGCCCGUGCGACACUCGGGGGACGCCUGCAGGCCAAGAUGGCCUCCAUGAAGAUGUUCCAGAUCCAGUUCCACACUGGUUUUGUUCCUCGAAACGCCACGACCGUCAAAUUUGCCAAGUAUGAUCUGGACGCAUGUGACAUCCAGGAGAAAUACCCCGACCUGUUCCAAGUGAACCUGGAUGUGGAGGUGGAGCCUCGCGAUCGCCCCGCCCACAAGACCCCACCCUGGGACAACUUCUCCACUAAAGGCCUAAAUCCCAAGAUCCUGUUCUCCAGCCGAGACGAGCAGCAGGAGAUCCUGGCCAAGUUUGGGAAGCCAGAACUUCCUCGGCAGCCGGGUUCUACAGCGUUCUAUGACUCGGGCAGUGCAGAGCCGGAUUGUUCUCCUGAAGAACCUCAUGAAGACUCCCCCUCACCGCCCAGCACCAGCACAGACUCCAACGCUAACAACUUCUUCCAGACGCUGGACUGGGAGGACAUGGGCGGGUCGCGUGUGGACGACCAGGACGAUCUGAGUGGCGGCGAAUCGGGCGAGGAGUCCGUCUCCUACUCCGCCCCUGUGGAGGGGCCCCUGUCACGUGAUGCCAGCGAGCCCCUGUUCGAGGCGGAGUUCGGCCCCUCUGACCCGCAGCCUGACACGGAGGACCUGCUGGGCCUGAACUCUGACCCCUGUCCUCCGCCCGUCGCCCCGGAAACAGGGAUGAAGAGUUGCUCCAGUAACAGUGAUCUGCUCAACGACUUGUUUUGCGCCGCCCCUGGCCCCGCCCAUACACCAGACACGGAGGAUCUGUUCUUCAGCAACGCGCCCAGCCAGCCUGCAGCUGCCCCCAACACAACUGCCCCCACCGCUGCUCCUGCUGCCCCCAAAGUGAAUGACAUCUUCGACCCGUUUGGCGUGGGGUCAGGGGUCACAGGUGGAUCAGACCUCUUAGGUGACCUGCUUGGGUCAGAGGGGAGUGGUUUCAAAGCUCCGCCUCCUGCCACCAACUCCAGCCUGUUUAACCUCAAUAAGCUCACGGCGGAUGUGCCCAGGAUGACAUCAUCAGCGAGUCAGCCUGAUUUAUUGGGAGGCUGGGACAGCUGGACCUCCGGAACCUCCGGAACCACCGCUAGCAUGUCUGCUAAUGCUAAAAAACCCGCCUUCACUGCUCCAGGUGUGAACACAUCAUUUUCCAAGGCCAAGUCUCAGAGCUUUGACCCCUUUGCUGACCUCGGGAACCUGGGCUCCACUCUGCCAGGCUCCUCCAGCAGCGGGUUCUCAGGUUCUGGUUUUAAAUCAGCGCCCCCUGCUGGACCGUCAAAGAGUCAGUCGAGUCAGUCGUGGCAGCAGCAGCAGGCGGCGUCUCAGCCCGCCAAUAAACCCUGGGCACCUCCAAGCUCCGCCCCCAAACCCAGCACCACCCAAUCAGCAAAGCCCAACUACAACCUCGGCUUCAGUGUGAUUGGAGGACGAGACGAGCGAGGUCACAGGGCACCUGGAUUUGGUCCGAGGCCCAAAGUGAAGGAGGAUGAUUUUGAGGAUUUGUUAUCCAAUCAGGGCUUCGCCUCCAAACCGGAUAAAAGGGGCGGGGCUCGCACCAUCGCAGAGAUGAGGAAACAGGAAAUGAGUCGAGAUAUGGAUCCACUCAAACUACAGAUCUUGGACUGGAUCGAGGGGAAGGAGAGGAACAUCCGCGCUCUGCUCUCGACACUACACACGGUGCUGUGGGAGGGAGAGACGCGCUGGAAACCCCUCAGCAUGGCCGACCUGCUCACCCCGGACCAGGUCAAGAAGUUCUACAGGAAAGCGGCGCUGAUCGUCCAUCCCGACAAGGCGGCGGGGAAGCCGUACGAACAGUACGCUAAGAUGAUCUUCAUGGAGCUGAAUGACGCCUGGUCCGAGUUCGAGAACCAAGGAUCUAAAGCGCUCUUCUGAGUGACGGAACCGCACGCUCCUCUGUCUCUGACGGGAAGACGGGGAGACGCUUCUUCAGACAGGAACCUGCUACAGAGGGAAAGCGCAGCGUAAACACACCUCUCUGUAACACAACAUGCCUUUAAACAGACAGACAGACCGGUCUGUCUCUCAGUGAAAGGACAGACAGCUGGAGGAGGAAGUUCUGUGUGUGUGUGUGUGUGUGUGUGUGUGUGUGUGUGUGGUUAAGGGAACACAAAUGAAAGCAAUGUGGGUCACUUACUCUUCUUUACUUUUGUGUACUUAUUUCUUUUAAAUCUUAUUUUUCUGUCAUCUGGUAUUUAUGUUAACGUUCCGUAUCACCAAUCAGUGUAUUGUUAAAUCCGUCGCUGUGUGUGUGUGUGUGUGUGUGUGUGUGUGUGUGCGCGUCUCUGUGUUUAUGAACAGUCUUAUUUAUUGUUCGUGAGGCUGCACGCAGGCCACUGAUGUCACCAUGAAGCAUGAGUGUGUGUGUGUGUGUGUGUGUGUGAGAGAGAGAGGGAGUAAGUGUGUGUAUGCAGCAAAAAUCAUUCCAAAGCACCUACAGAUGUGAAUGUGCUUUCUAUCUUAAAAACAAAGCUCUUAUCAGCUGAACUCCAGCGUGUUCCAGAGGCAUUCAUCAUUCAUCAUUCCCCUCUUUAACGUUUCAUCAUCAUCAUCAUCAUCAUCAGUGUGGCGCUAAUCAUCAUCAUCAUCAUCACACGGCGUGCGUCAUUCCUCUGCUCCGAAACAUGACCAAAUGUACAAUAUUACCCUGUAUAUCACGAGUGUGUGAGAGAGAGAGAGAGAGAGAGAGAGAGAGAGUGUAAGACAGAGAAAGAGAAAAUGAAGCUUUUUUGUUGUUGUUGUUGUUGCUGUAGUUGUUUAUGAAUCAUUAUUUAAUCGCUUUAUAAAAGAGGACUGAUUACAGAUUUUAGCUCGAGGUUAAAAAUAUUUUUGUGUGAAGAUGUAAUUAAGAGGAGACGCUGAAGGACUUGUGCAGUAUUUAUGGUGUUGGAGAAGCUGAUCAUGACUCACAGUGAUGGACGAGGUGUUAGAGCUCAGGGUGGGGUAGGAACACACACACACACACACACACACACACACACACACACACACACACACACACACAGUAACACACUGGAUGAUGAAACCUGUAGACUUGAUCUCACAUGAGAGAGUGUGUGUGUGUGUGUGUUCAAGCACAGCGCACUAACCAGCAGAGUUGGAGAGAUCCUCAGGCUGAGAGACACGCCUCCUUUGUGUGUAAUGAUGUGACAUCAUAGUCUGAUCUUACACACACACACACACACACACAAGCGUUAAUGUUGUAUUAUAGUGAAAGGAAGCGUGAUUGAUUGAUUGUUGUUUUUUUGUUUUUUUUGGGGGGGGGUCAUGAGAACACUAUAAAACCUAAUUUAGUUAGAAAAACACAAUGCUGGUUAGUGCGCGCGCGCGCGUGUGUGUGUGUGUGUGUGUGUGUGUGUGUGUGUGUGUGCUGAGUCGGGGAAUAAACCUCCAUUUUUGUGAGAUUUAACAGUGAGUUUUCAUGAGAAAUAAAACAUCAGCAUCUUCAGAUUUCAAAGGAAAUUGAUUGUGAUUAAAGUUAAACUUACUGAUGAUGAUUUUGUCUCGUUGCUCGUCAGUGUGUUCCGGUUCCUCAUCCCUCCUUCAUGAACAGAACUCUGUAAAAUAAUGCUCUAUUUUGGUAAAGGACGCCUCUUUCUAUUAUUUUGUAGUUUUGUUGUUCUUCAGGGCCUUACACCUUAGUUUCCCUUUAUUUUCUUUAAUCGGUCUUGCUAAAGACUGACUCACAUGAUCUGCCUGUUUUUUGUUUUUUUGAUUGAAUGAAAAAUAAACCUCAAUCAACAUCUA